CCUAAAAUAAAACCCUCCACCAGCCCUUCAGUCGCCAUCGCUAAACGACGCCGUCCACGUCUCCUCUCCGUUUCAGCGUCGCCGCAAUUAUUCACAUUCGGUAGAAUCCCGGCUUGGUCUCUCUACACCGCCACCCAGUCUUUCCAAUCUUCUCUUCUGCAUAGCACCUCUAAAGUUCCAUGCAAUGACUAAAAAAGGCAUUUCAAAGAGUGCUGCUCAAAUACAAGAAAACCCUGCAGUAGAACAAAGGAAAGCAUCUUCAACACCGAAGAAACCUGGUAAUGAGAUUGAUGAAAUCUUCUCCGGUAAAAGGAAAAAGAAACCUGAACAAAAGAAGACUGAGAAGGCCAAUGGAGAUUUAUCAGUGAAAGCUAAAGUGAUGAAGAAGAAGAAUAAGAAGAGUAAAGAAGCUAAAGAAGCUAGCAUCUCAGAUCCACCUUCUCAAUCUCGAAGGAGAACGGAAGACGGGCUUUCUAUUUAUUCUGAAGAGGAAUUGGGACUUGGAAAGGCUGAUGCUGGAAGUACUCCCCUUUGCCCGUUUGAUUGUGAAUGUUGCUUCUGAAUCUUGAUGAUGUUUGUUUGAUGGUGGGUGCAAUGAACCCCCUAAUACUUAUGGCAUACUAUUGUAGUUCUCUGAUUUGAAUUUUGUGGCUUUUUUUUGUUGAUGAGAUGAGCUGAUAAAUUAGUUUGCAGCUAACAAUUUAUAUCAUUGUUGGAAACUUGGAAUUGCAGACCCUGUUGUGUAUGAAGUCCUUCAAUCUUUGUAUUGAAAAUAUAUUUUGAGUGGCAAUGUUGUUGGGUGUAGAAUAA